AUGGCUGAGAUUCAAGAAAUUGCAUUUAUUACGGAAUCAAACGGUCAUUCAGGCUGUAUUUCUGCAUGGAAUUUCCAUACCGGUAUACAAUAUAAAAGUUAUAAAAAUGGAUGUUGCGCCAAGCAUGCCCUUGCAGUGACCGACAGCUAUCUCCUUGCUGCACAACCUGGUCAAGCGCUGAUCCAUGUUUGGUCCGUUAGCAAAGAGCAGCUUCAUAUGAAGAUUGCUUGCCCAGGUAAAAUUACAGCUUUGGCUUGCAGCCAAGACAGUGCGUAUUGUGUCGCUGCUAUUGAAGAAAAAGUUUAUGUUUGGCAGCUAUCGACUGGUAAUUUACUGUCAGUACUAUCUCGCCAUUACCAAGCCAUUCGAUGCAUUCGCUUUGUCGAUGAUUGCUCACAUUUUAUCACCGGUGGUGAUGAUGGACUUGUCAUUGCAUGGAGGCUUGCAGACGUCAUUGCUAUUGGGAAUCAAUUCGAAACCGGUAAUCGAUUAAAAUCUCCAAGUGAUGCAGUCAACUGUUUAAGUACCUCUAUUGAUGGGAAUCUAUUAUUAUCCGCGUCUGAAGACUGCACAGUUAAAUUAUGGCAUACAUCCGGCUUUCAAUGCAUAAAGAUAAAUCAAUUGAAAGGUCCCAUUACCAAUUUAGCUUUUACUACUGCCCCUCAUACGGCAAUUAGACCGAAGGAUUUACGAAAGCAAUGUUUACCACCUUUGAAACCUUUUAAACGUUAUUUAUAUGAUCCAAAUGCUGCGAUCGAUGUAAAUAUGUCGACUGUUCAAGGGAUGAAAUUGUUAGCUCAGGAUAGCGUAGAUGUGUUAUUAAAAGGAAAUACUAAGGUAUUAACUUCCUUUUGUUCUCAAAUUUGCUGGUCUAAGGAUAUUUUCCAUUUACAAGAUUUUUCAUCUAACUCUGGAAAAAAUGACAAAUUAGAGCGGAAAAUCGUUAAUGAUGCUAUGGAAGCCGUUAGUCGUGAGCGAAAAGAUAGUAAAACAAAUCUCAAUGAGGAAGGAAUACAGAAUUCUUCUCAAUUGCAGGAAGAAAUUAGUAAACUUCGAGAAAUUAAUAAAAAUUUUUACUUGUUUGCUGUAAACGAAUUAUUUGAACGCAACUGA